ACGAUGCAUUUAGUAUUCAAUUGUCAGCAUGAUUGGUGUGCCACGUGAGUGAUCUGAAUUAUUCUGUAACUGAUUCCAUCGCGAAAGUGUCUAAAUUAGAUGAUUGUACAGUGAUAACUCGAGAGAAAGCAAUACCAGGAAGAUUUUAAAUUUAUAAUGUGACAUUACAAAAUUAUAGAAAAAAUUAAUUUUAAUUAAUUAGAAAGUGAAUAAUAGAUGAUAUAAGAGGCGUUGGGUGUGAUCGUAUGUGUGAUUAUAUAUAUGCGUAUACAUGUAAUCAGUUGGUUGUAUUAUUAGGUAGUUUUUAGGAACGCUACACUGUACUCCUUAUCAAGUAACUUGCACGCUUCUCGUGCCCAUAUUGCAUCGCCAGUUUGUCUUUUUUCUCGAUUUGUUUUGAAAAUGAAAUUUUCUCCGUAGAGCAUUGAUAAGCAUCGGCUUGUAUAGACUAUAAACAAAACAUGUGUGCUGCUUUAUAUACACAGUAUGCCGAAAAGAAACGGAAAUUAUGCGAGUGGUGGGGUUUUUAGCGUUAUCAAUGGGGCACGAGCACUCGAACAGAUAUAUACAAGCACAUACAUUGCAGAUCCGGCUAACGAAUCGAACAAUCUUGGAUCGAACUCAGCACAACAGCUGCGAUGGCUGGCAUCAAGAGCCCCGACAGAAUCACUCCGUUGCCAUUCAACAAUGGCGAGGAGUACCUGAGACUUCUGCGCGAGGCCCAGCGCGAGUCGAACCAGUCGAGCCGUGUCGUCUCCUUGGCCAGCUCCCGUCGUGAUACGCCCCGUGAUAGCCCCAAGAGUCCACCGAACAGUCCCCAGUCGGAGCUCUGUCCGGAUGAUGAGCUCAGAAACGUGUACAUCAACUACUGGACCAAGGGAGGAGACAAACAGAAUGCAGGCAAUGAAGAUUGGCUGAAGAACUGGAAUCAGCCACCCAGUAGCUGGAACAUUGAGGAUUCAAGUCGGGAUGCCGGCGACGAGGGCGAGAAAAAGAAGACUAACACAGGCUACUCCAUCCGUUUGAAGCGACUGGGCUCCAACUCGUUGUUCUCCCGCGAAAUUCUGUACUCGCUGCUGGUGACCAACGUCCUGUCCCUGCUGCUGGGAGCUGGAUUCGGGCUAUGGUUGAGCAAGCGUGGCAUACUCCUUACCCGUGUGGUCAUUGACUGAAAGAUGCCAUAAACAAAAAGGAGAAAGAGGAAAUAUAUAUAAUCGUUUUCAAUCUAUCAAUAUGCACAUCAAUCGAAAACAGAACACGAUGCGUUCCAUAUAAGAAAACGAAGUAUACACAUCUAUACAGCCAACCGUAUUCCAACUCAUUUGUAUUUUUAUCGGAAGUCUAUAUUUUCGACACCUUCUCAUUCAGUACAUACCUAUAAAAAUGUAAUUUCUAAUUACUAAGCCAGCAAACUAAAACAGGCCUUUGGGCAAUGGUUGAAACUAAGCGUUUUCAUAUUUUAUAUAAUUUUAUAUAUUUAACAUUAUAUCAAGGCAGCAAAUCUAAUGAUACAGAAAAGCAUUUAUAGAUGCUCCAUAUAUUUUGCUUUAGCCGUAUGUCUUAGCACCCAACCGUGCAUUAUAUCCAAUACAAAUGUACGCCGAACUUCGUGUUAAGAAUUUCAAUUUCAUCAUCAUACAUCAUAUAGAACAACCAUAAACAUUUGUAGACAUAUUAUAGUUGAAUCGUAUUGUAUCCUGAUUGUACUUUUUGUUGAACAAUCGUCAAAUGUUUCGAUACAAUAAGCAUAUAAGAAAAACGAUACAAAAGGAGAAAAAAAAACAAUAUGGCACACAUAAGAUUAUAUCUUUAAUGUGAGGGAAGGGUUAUCCCCCACACAAAAAAAACAGAAUAGUUGUAAUGAUUUUUUAUAUUAAAAUAUUUUUCAAUAUCUAUUUAAAAGAG